GCCGACCUGGGGUCCCGCGCAUGGUCCGACCCGCAACUUACACUCUGGAACAAACUAACCAAUGAUUGGAUGUAGGUCAAAGUGCCCGACAGCAUGAGGAAGGCUUACGACGGCAGCUGGUCGCUCUUCAACAACGCUCCCUUGCCGAUACGUCCCGACGACAAUACGACUCGACAUGGAAGCAAUGGGUCUCCUUCAGUCGGCGCAUCGGACGAUCUCCCUGGCUACCAGAGCACGAUCAAGUCGCGCAGUCUCUCCUCUCCAACUGGUGUUUUUUGCCAUCGAUCGAUGGUCGGCUACAUGCUUAGACGGACGAGUCGGAUCUACCUCCUCCGUGCACGCCCAAGUUAGCCAUGUCAAAUGGCAUCAUAAAGUCUAUGCCGGGUUCGAACCCGUCAUCAGCCCCAGCCACGCCACAGCGUUCGCAGGAAUAGUCCUCCUCCUCGACCCCGAUCUCCCGUCACUCGUACAAUGCUCGAGUGGAUGUCCGCCCAAAUCGACUACACGAAACCCAAGCAACGCCUAUUUCUUGGGGCUGCGCUGCUGGGUUUCUUCUAUCUCCUAAGAAGUUCCGAAUAUCUGGCGAUCAAAGGGGGAAGGCGUUAGAGGUCCGCGACGUCGAAGUACUUGACAUCACAGGCAAUCCUGCGGUCAACUUCGAUGACG